AUGAUGGGUUGUAAUUGGAUGACUCUCGAUCUGACGUCUGGUGAUAACGUGGUCCUACUAUUCCCUGAAGAAGGGUGGGCGAGGAGUGCCUCUUCAUCUUAUUGGACGCUGCAGCCCUGUUGGUGGCGCCGGUCUAGAUGCAAGGUCGUGGAAGUUGCUGGAACGAGAAGACACAGCACCCAAGCGAGAAUGGUGGUCAGCGGCGUGAACGCAGUCUACAUAGUUGGAACCUUCAAACAUCUUGGGACCGAUGCUGAUUUCAAGCUGUACCUAACAACCAAUGUUACCCAGGCGGACUUCAACAUGGGCUACACAAUGACAGGCACCCUGGAGAGAGGCAGCCGCUCAACAAACACCUUCCAAAUGACGCAUUUCGCUGUCCUACGCCGGUGCGACCACGAAACACACCAUUUGAAAACCGCAUAA